AUGAUGGAACUCGUCGAGGAGACUGACCUGCACGGCGCCCUGCCGCUGGUCUCGCGCGGCAAAGUGCGAGACAUCUACCAGGUCGACGACCGCACGCUGCUCUUCAUCUCGACGGACCGCAUCUCGGCCUACGACGUGCUCAUGCAGAAUGGCAUCCCGAACAAAGGGCAGAUCCUGACCUCGCUCACGGUCUACUGGCUCAAGUUCCUCACGGGAGCCUUGCCCUCGCUGCGCACGCAUCUCGUCUCGCUCGAGAUGCCCGGAGACAUGCCCCAGGCCUGCCGCGACUACGUCAAGAACCGCAGCAUGGUCGUCCGCAAGCUCAAGGUCUUCCCCGUCGAGGCCAUCGUGCGCGGCUACCUCGCCGGCUCUGCCUGGACCGAGUACCAGAAGACCGGCACCGUCCACGGAAUCCCGCUGCCUGCUGGCCUCGUCGAGAGCGACAAGAUCCCCGGCGGGCCCUUGUUCACGCCCAGCACCAAGGCCGAGCAGGGCGGCCACGACGAGAACAUCCAUCCCGACAAAGAUAUAGAUAUACUGACUGGCGAAGUAGCGGCGGACAUUGUGGGCGCGGCGUAUGCGGAGGACAUCAAGGCGGUCUCCAUCCGGCUGUACGAACUGGCCUCCUUCCACGCCCUGCAGCGAGGCAUCAUCAUUGCAGACACCAAGUUCGAGUUCGGCCACGACGAAGUCACCAACGAGAUCGUCCUCAUCGACGAAGUUCUCACCCCGGACUCCUCUCGCUUCUGGGCCCUGGACACUUACCAGCCCGGAAAGCCCCAGGACAGCUUCGACAAGCAGUUCCUCCGCGACUGGCUGACCAAGGAAGGCCUCCGAGGCAAGGACGGCACCAUCAUGCCCAAGGAGAUCGUCCAGAAGACAGAGGCAAAGUACAUAGAAGCCUUCGAGAGGAUCACCGGCGAGACUUUUCGUCCCUAA